UGGCUAGAGUGAAAUCUACCCUAAUAUGAUUCCCAAUACACUGUUUCAAAUUUUCCCCCUUCAUCAAAAAUGGCAAUUCUCUCUCCGGCAACUACAGCCCGUUCUGCGCAACCACCACCGCAAGCCUUUCCAAAGUUAAAUGCCAAAAAUUAUCAGUCUCCUUCUCUUAUCCCGAUUAAUUCCCAGUUCCAGUUUCUGUCGCUUCGCUCCAAUUCCAACUCACACCCAUGCCGCCUCCACGCCGCGUUGUCGCCCCAACCGGCUCCACAGUCCGACCCGCCACCCGAAAAGGACCCUGUUCGUCCCAGAGGCAUUUUUGGAACUUUGUCUAGACUUCAGGACCGUGUUCAGAUCUUCUUAGCUGUUCUUUUCUGGAUGUCUCUAUUCUUCUGGGCUUCUGCAUGGGAUGGAAGGAACAAUGGUGGCGGUAGAUCAAACAAGGGAUCUCGAUUUAGAAGAUGAUAUAUAUCUCCUCGGGGACUGGGACCAGGACCUUAUCAAUUUUGUAGGAUCUCCAACUAAAGCCAAACCCGAUUGGAAGUUAAAGCUACCAACAUUGGAAUGGGUCCAAACGAGUGUAAGUGGUAGAGUAUUUGAAUUGGCAUAAUGAAGUUUGAAUAUGUGGAUUGCUAGUCUAGAAGCUGGGAAGUUUCUUAUCAUGGGCUGUUAUAUAAGGUAUCAAUCUUUUGCUUCUUGCAAGUUAAAGAAAAUUGUCCUCCCAGAGGUAAAUCUCUUUUGGAUUCCCACUUUCGAGUCCUUGUAGCUACUUCUAAUGAAGAUCUAUGACUGCAAAUACCAGAAUCAGUUAUGUAAUUGCUGGUAAAAUAUAAUAUACUCCAUUAAGAGGAUGUAGUAGCAUGUAUGAGCAAGUGCAUGUCGUGUGAAAGCAGAUUGCCUCAUAAUGGACGACUGUGGGCAUGGGAUUUGAAAUAUUUUGAUUGAUUUUUAAGUUCAAUUUAAAUGAGCUAAAGUUUGUAUUUUUAUCA